AUAAAUUCUGGAUCUAAGAAGGGCUUUGCCUUUGCUUAGUUCUCCAGGUUCACCAAAAAAAAAAAAAAAAUUGAUUCUUAACAAAAAGUCAUCAGUUGACCAAAAAAAUUUUGAACUGAAGAUAAGGGGAUGCAUAGACGCAAGUUCGUUCUGAAGCCUUAAUUUUCCAGUCAGUGAGGAACCAGCUAUUUUGUAAUUUCCUUCGUCAAUGGCUCUUGUUAGAGCUGAUCAUGAAGCCGCCUCUUCCAACACAUCUCAUUCUCGAUGUAGUCAUCACGUUUUCUUGAGUUUCAGAGGUGAAGAAACUCGCUACACUUUUACCGAUCACCUAUAUUCGGCCUUGGUCAACGCAGGAUUUCGCACUUUCCGAGAUGAGGAUGAACUCGAGAGAGGAGAAGGUAUCCGGCCAGAACUACAGAAAGCAAUCCAACAGUCUCGAAGUUCUGUCAUUGUGAUUUCUCAAGACUACGCAUCUUCAGGAUGGUGCCUGGACGAGCUUGUCAUGAUACUUGAACGCAAUAGAACCUCCGAUCAUGUAGUUUUACCAAUAUUCUACGAUAUUGAUCCAUCCCAUGUGAGGAAACAGAGUGGAAGUGUUGCAAUAGCAUUUGCUAGACAUGAGAAAAAACAAUCUCUGGAGAAGUUGAAUAGGUGGAGGGCAGCACUUACCGAAGUUUCAGAUCUAGCAGGCAUGGUGCUACAAAACCAAGCUGAUAGGCAUGAGUCGAAGUUUAUAAAGAAAAUUGUUGAAGUGAUUGAAGGCAAACUAUGUCGCAUCCCCUUAAGUGUUAGCCCUUACCUGGUGGGAAUGCAGUAUCAGGUUGAAAACAUCAUUUCAUGGUUACAAGAUGGAUCAUCUGAUGUUAGCAUAUAUGGAAUUUCUGGGAUUGGUGGUAUUGGAAAGACAACCAUUGCGCAAGUAGUUUAUAACUCAUUUUUCAGAAGUUUUGAAGGAAGCAGUUUCCUUGAAAACAUCAGAGAAGUUUCAGAACAACCCAAUGGCUUAGUUCGACUACAGAAGCAACUUCUUGCUGAUAUUUUGAAGGGAAGGAAAGUGAAAGUACAGAGUGUUAGUGAGGGAAUAAUUAAGAUUAGAGAUUUCAUAAGCACCAAAAAAGUACUUCUUGUCCUCGAUGAUGUUGAUCAUCUAGGUCAGUUAGAUGCAGUAGUUGGUAUGAGAGAUUGCUUUUGUCCAGGAAGUAAAAUUAUUAUAACUACUAGGCAUUCUGGGUUGUUAAAGGCUAGUCAAGUUGUUAAGGUGCAUAGCGUUAGAACUUUAAAUGGUGCUCAAUCACUGGAGCUUUUUAGUUGGCAUUCUUUUGGACAGGACCAUCCAGUUGCAGGUUACGUCGAACUUUCAGAAGGGGUAGUUAACCACUGUGGAGGACUACCGUUAGCUCUUCAAACUUUGGGUUCUUCUUUAUCGGGGAAAACGUUAGAUGUAUGGGAAAGUGCAUUAAAGAAACUGAAUGCUAUUCCAAACAGUGAAGUCUUGAGCAAGCUUAGAAUAAGCUACGACUCUUUACAAGAUGACCAUGAUCAAAAUUUGUUCCUCCAUCUUGCUUGUUUCUUUAUCGGAAAGGACAAGGAUGUUGUGGUCAAAAUAUUAGAUGAAUGUGAUUUUUACACAAUUGUUGGUAUUCAAAAUCUUGUCGAUAGAUGUUUGGUAACAAUCAAUGUAAAUAAUGUGGUGAGCAUGCAUCAAAUGAUUUGUGACAUGGGAAGAGAAAUUGUUCGACAAGAAUCAAGGGAGCCGGAGAAACGCAGUCGAUUAUGGCAUCCCAAAGAUUCCUUGAAAGUACUGAUGAGAGAAAAGAAAGGUUCAGACACAAUUGAAGGUCUUGCCCUGAACAUGUACCGGUACCCUGUCGUCUUGGAAACCAAUGCAUUUGCAGGCUAGGGAUGCACAAACUGAGAUUACUCCAACUUGGUUAUGUACAACUGACUGGAAGUUGUGAAGAACUUCCCAAGGGGUUGAAAUGGUUGUGCUGGCUUCAGUUUCCGUUGGAUUCUAUACUCAUCAGUUUUCCUUUGGAAAGCCUGGUCGUUCUAGAAAUGUCUUGCAGUAGCUUGAGAAAACUCUGGUGGGGAACAAAGCAUCUUCCAUCUUUGAAGAUCCUUGAUCUCCGCCAUUCCCAUGACCUGAUAAAAAGCGGUGACUUCUCAUUGGUCCCCAAUCUAGAGAGACUGAUAUUUGAAGAUUGUUCAAGCUUGGUUGAUGUCCAUGAAUCUGUUGGAAACUUAGAGAAGCUCGUAUACUUGAACAUGAGGGAUUGCAAAAGUAUUGUGAAACUUCCAAAGAACAUUUGUAUGCUGAAAGUACUAGAGACACUUAUUAUAUCCGGUUGCUCAAAUCUUUAUGAGUUUCCAAUGGAGGUUGGGAAGAUGAAAUAUCUGAAAGUUCUUGAAGCAGAUGGAAUUUCACUAAAUCUAUUAGUCACAACUUCUGGGGAAGCCAAAUCAUGGCCAAGAAAAAGUGUUGAUAACUUUUGGGCUUGUUUGUCCUGCACUUUAGUUCAUUUGAGUCUUCCACAUUGCAAUCUUUCUGAUGAUUGUUUUCCUUCUGAUGCUGUUAACUUAUACUCAUUGAAGAGUUUGGAUCUCAGCAAUAAUCCAAUUUGUAGCUUACCAGAUUUCGUCAGAGGCCUUAAAGGGCUCAAUUCAAUGUUACUUUGGGGGUGCAGAGAUCUCAAAUCACUUGUAAGGUUACCAAGAGUAAGAACUUUGGAUGUCCACUUGUGUGAAUCCUUGGAAAGUGUAACGUUUCAAUCGAUAUCGUGCAUACCAGAGUCAAUAGGCUUGAUUGCUUACAAGUCCCAACUAGUUGAGAUUGAGUACUGGUUCAAGUUAGAAGCCAUUGAAAAAGUGGAUUUAGAAAUGAUCAAGCUUUGUGUUUGUGCAA